GGAGUGCCGAGGCUGUGCUUAUGCAGUGAGAGAGGGCUGAGGGCUGUCCUCCAUGUUUUAAUAAGCACUGACAUUACACACAAGUCUUUUCUAAGCCAUGCAUCCACAGAGUUUAGCAGAAGAGGAGGUAAAGACAGAGUCAGAUGUAAUUGAAGGGAUGGAAAUUGCUACACGAUCCAAAGUGACCGAUCCAGGGUCAGCGGAGCGCACGGCCCCAAAGCGCAAAGCAACCAGCCCACCGCAUUCAUCCAACGGACACUCUCCUUCUGAAGCUUCUCCUAGCCCGGUCAAGAAGAAGAAAAAACCGGGAGCCGUCAACAGCAGUAAAGAUCAGUCCGAACUAAGACAUGGUCCCUUUUACUAUGUGAAGCAGCCCGCACUCACCACAGACCCUGUUGAUGUUGUACCACAGGACGGCAGGAACGACUUCUAUUGCUGGGUGUGCCACCGCGAGGGCCAGGUGCUCUGCUGUGAGCUCUGCCCACGUGUCUACCAUGCCAAGUGUCUCAAACUAGCUGCUGAGCCUGAAGGCGACUGGUUCUGUCCUGAGUGUGAGAAAAUAACAGUUGCAGAGUGCAUUGAAACCCAGAGCAAAGCAAUGACCAUGCUCACACUGGACCAGCUGUCCUACCUUCUUAAGUUUGCCCUGCAGAAAAUGAAACAGCCUGGUACAGAACCGUUUCAGAAGCCAGUGUGUCUUGAGCAGCAUCCUGAUUACGCAGAGUAUAUUUUUCAUCCCAUGGAUCUCUGUACGCUAGAAAAGAAUAUCAAAAAGAAAAUGUACGGCUCUACUGAAGCGUUCCUGGCGGACGUGAAGUGGAUUUUGCACAACUGCAUUAUUUACAAUGGAGGAAACCAUAAGCUCACCACAACAGCUAAAGUGAUCAUAAAAAUCUGUGAACAUGAAAUGAAUGAAAUUGAGGUCUGUCCAGAAUGCUAUCUUUCAGCCUGCCAGAAGAGGGACAACUGGUUUUGUGAGCCAUGUAGUAACCCUCAUCCACUAGUGUGGGCCAAACUUAAGGGCUUUCCAUUCUGGCCUGCCAAAGCUCUACGAGACAAAGAUGGACAAGUAGAUGCUCGAUUCUUUGGACAGCAUGACAGGGCCUGGGUCCCAAUCAAUAAUUGCUACCUCAUGUCAAAAGAGAUCCCUUUCUCCGUAAAAAAGACCAAAAGCAUCUUCAACAGUGCCAUGCAGGAGAUGGAGGUCUAUGUGGAGAACAUUCGGAAAAAAUUUGCCGUCUUCAAUUAUGCCCCGUUCCGCACACCCUACACGCCCGACAACCAGUUCCAAAUGCUACUCGACCCAGCAAACCCUGGCGCUGGCUCGGUCAAACCGGAAAAACAGGAGAAGAUCAAGUUCAGCUUUGAUAUGACAGCAUCCCACGUAGGAAAGGGCAUGGUGUCGGCCGGGAUCGGUGGUGGAGGGACGACUGGUAGGAGGAUCACUGUGCCGGACAUACCACGGUCCCCAAUGAGCACUAACUCUUCUGCCCAUACCGGCUCUGAUGGCGAGCAGGAGGGUGGAGAAAAGAGCCAGACCAGAGCUCUACUGCAACACCACAGCACAGGAGAAGAGUCUCUCGACAGCACAGCGUCCCCUGCUGCUCCGCGAGUCGGUCCUGCGGGCAGUGCAAUGGACAGCCCUAAACCAUUCCAUUCUACAGUCCCAAACACACCCCUUAAACAGGAAAAGACCCCUGUUACAGGCAGCAUCUUAAACCUUAACCUCGACCGUAGUAAGGCUGAGAUGGACCUAAAGGAACUGAGUGAGACUGUACAGCAGCAGCAGGGUGCUCAGGCCUCACUCACUUCUCCUAAAAGACAGAUCAAAAGCCGCUUCCAGCUCAACCUUGACAAGACCAUUGAGAGCUGCAAAGCCCAGCUGGGUAUAGACGAUAUUUCAGAGGACGUGUACAAAGAUGAGGAGCACAGCGAUUCGGAGGAGUCUGACAAGUCUGACUCCAGUGACAGCGAAUACGCCAGUGAUAAUGAUCAAAAACCAAAGAGCACCAAGGACUCUGCUGCUGAUGAUAAAACAGACAAGGAGGUAUCUAAAAAGAAGCCCAAGCCACCAUCACCUGCUGGUGAAGACAAGGAUGCUACAGAAUCCUGCAGUACAUCAAGUUUAUUGACCAAAAGCGAGAUUGUGCAGAAAGUAGGAAGUGGUGUCUCUCAGGUUAAAGAAAAGCCCGCCAUUGAGUCGGACAAAGAAGGGCCUAAACCAGCACCGGCAUCUCCCAGUACAAGAGACAAGCCCAAGUUAACAGAGGAAGACAAGCACCCUGUGUCUGUCGACGUAGACUUGGACUCAGACUCAGAGCGAGAGCUGGUGAUUGAUUUGGGAGAAGAACCUGGAGGGAGAGAGAGGAAGAGGCGCAGGAAAGACUCGGCCGCUGUCACCGCACUCAAAGAACCCGCAGCCUCCAAAACAGAGGCUAAAGGACCUUCCGCAGGAAGUCUUGCUCCAUCGCAAACCCCUUCAGCCCCCUCUUCCACCCCAGGCCUCAAAGACCCCUCGCAGUCUCCAAUGGCAGUUCCUCUAAAUGUAGUCACCAUCCCUGCUGUCCCUAGCAGCACUGCCCUCGUCUCUUCUUCCCUGCCUAACUCUGCUCCGCCUACAGCCCUACCCUCCUCUUCCACCCCCACCAGCACAGUAAAGAAACAGCGCCCCCUGCUGCCUCGUGAAAGCGUCCCGGUGGUGCAGCGGGCCGUUGUCUGGAACCCUGGUGCCAAAUUUCAGACAUCCUCUCAGAAGUGGCACAUGCAGAAGGUGCAGAGGCAGCAGCAGAGUCACACGCAGCCACACACACAAGCACAGUCGUUAUCACAAGCACAGCAGCCGUCGUCUUCACCGUCUUCAUCCAGCACUCGAUAUCAGACACGGCAGGCUGUCAAGGCUGUACAGCAGAAAGAUUCUCCACACAGCACCUCGACCUCAGCUGUCACUCUGGUCACCAGCACCCCAGUGUCUGCAGCCAUAAUGGCAGGUGUCACAGUUAGCUCUUCAUCCUCAUCCUCAUCCUCCUCCAUGGCCGGAGAUCUACAAAUACCCACCACCUCUGCUGACGUGGCAGCCGAUAUUGCAAAAUAUACCAACAAAAUCAUGGAUGCAAAAGGGACAAUGACUGAAAUAUACAAUGACCUCUCGAAGAGCACCUCAGGAAACACAAUAGCUGAAAUCAGGCGGUUACGGAUCGAAAUCGAAAAGCUGCAGUGGCUCCAUCAGCAGGAAUUGUCAGAGAUGAAACACAAUUUAGAGCUGACCAUGGCAGAGAUGCGACAGAGUCUGGAGCAAGAGCGAGAGCGCCUGGUCGCAGAAGUGAAGAAGCAAAUGGAGCUGGAGAAACAGCAGGCUGUCGAUGAGACCAAAAAGAAGCAGUGGUGUGCCAACUGCAAGAAAGAGGCCAUUUUCUAUUGCUGCUGGAACACAAGCUACUGUGAUUAUCCCUGCCAGCAAGCCCACUGGCCAGAGCAUAUGAAGUCCUGCACACAGUCUGCAACAUCGUCACAGCAAGAGCCAGACACCGAGUCAAACGCAGACGGCAUCUCGAAGGUUUCGGGCCAUCCCAACAACAGUCAGGACUCGCCUCGAGAGACCACGGGAGCUCCUCCAACAGACAAGGACAGCGACAUGGACAAAUCGAAGGACAGUGUCACAGUCAGUGUGUCCUAGCUCAUGACACACCAACUACUGCAGGACUGCACUUACAACUGCACAUAUGUACAAAACCUAGUCGAGUUGCGUCACUACAACAAAACGUUUUCAUGUUGUCGUCUUGCCAGGAUCUGCUUUUAACACUUUGGGAGGCUGAUUUGCUUAUUUCUAUCAAUAACAGUUCCUUGGUCCCAUCUCAUUUCCUUAUAGCAUUAAAGACACACCCGGACCUCUUUAGCGACUUACGUUGCUUUUUUUUUUUUUUCACUUGACUUUUACUCGCAUCACAUUUUCCUAAUUGGCUUUUUUAUUUAUCACUUAUUAAUACCCACAUUAUUACAGUGAAGAGUCCACGAAUGACCGCUGCAGGAAUUUUACACCAACCAGUAAUCCUUUGGUGCUCAGUCCAUGUUCGUGGGGAUUUCCUACAGUAAUUCAAAUCCUAUCCGACUUUCAUCGCGUCACUCAAAAAAACGAGAAGCUGUUCUCUCCCGAAUCGUCUUACGCACCAGACAGAAAACCACAUUCAGAGACAAACCUCUCACCAGCUAGAGUGAAGUUAUGAAUCCUGAACUGGACGUAUGUGGGUAAAUACGGUUUAGGUGGUGAACCCUGUAGAUAUCCUUGAUAUCUUGAAGACAUAAAAUGAUGGAGUGAUUCUGUUCACUGUGUAAAGGCUCAUUCUGAAGUGACAGUCAUGUCAUUUUACUUUUUUUUAUUGCAGGUUGUCUGUUUCCUAAUAUAAACCGUAUAUAAGCUUUAUAUAGGGAUUGGGUGUAAAAAAUGUGAGAUUUGGUUUUUAUUUUUUAAAUAGUUCACACAAAUUGUAAAGACAAAUAUUUGUUUAUAUUCAUAUUCAAUUCAUCCGACUUUCUGUUUGGUACUAUGAAACUCAGAAGAUUACAUUAUAUUUGAUUUUCUCUAUGCAUCCAUAACUAAAACAAUUGCAGUUUGACUUGUUUAUAUAUUAGUAUUCGUGUUCCCAUGUGGUGUUGUUGUUAGUAUUUUUUUUUUUGUUAAAAUGUAUUAAAUAUGGCGUGGUAUGAUAGAAGAUACCAGGCUGAUUACUGUUAAAGAAUCACAGGCUUUAUUUUUUAUUAUUUAAACACUUUUGCCUUCACUCGCACUUUGAAAUGUGACCAUUUUUUUUAUCUUUAAUUACAGCUGAACAGGUUAUUUUGUCCUUAUCUUUUAUUUUUGCAUUAAAAUCAGAUCAGUAAUAAUAUUUUCAUCAUAUUCAACAUUGUUCAACAUUUCAUUUGAUCGUUAUGCAUCAUUUUUGACUGAUCAUUCUGUAAUAAUUCUGAGUUGAAUAUUUUAUUUUCUGCUUGGACUUUUUCCGUUUAUGUUUCUGUGCGAAAAAAAAAUUACAUAGUGGUCCAGCAACGUUACCAAAGCUGAGGCUAGAAGGUCGGAAUUUACAUUGUGAUGCGUUAUUACAGGUCAUUACAGUACAGUAACACCAUUUCUGCAGCCUCCCUGAUAUUUACAGUGACUGUCGACUGUUCAGUACAUUCUUAGCUCUUAAAAAAAGAACUGCUGUAUAUAUUACAAUCAUAAAAAAAAUGUUUACAUAUUGUACAGAAAUAAAAUUUGGUGGUCUUA